AUGGAAAGCCCCAUCGCAUUCCUUUCCCGCACACUCAGCGACGCUGAAAAGCGAUACUGGUCGACCGAGCUCGAAGUCACAGGCUGCGUAUGGACCAUCACCAAAUGUUGCUACUGGAUACAGAGCACGCAGGUUGAGCCAGUAAUCGUCUUCACGGACCACAAAGCCAUUGUGGACAUUCAGUCACGACAGGCGCCGACGCCAUUCGACCUCCUCCAACUGGACCCGCGCGUGACGCCCUUCCAUCUGCCGAGAGACGCAGCCCACAUCGGGUCCAAGAACCACGACGCCGUCCUCAAGGCCUUUGUGAAAGCCGACUAA